AUGAUCCGAAUGUUUCUAGAGAUCUUGGCCUUUAUUAUUACCACUUCAGGGUGGGUGCUGGUGUGUUCUACCUUGCCGACGGACUACUGGAAGAUAUAUACACUUGAUGGAGCAGUAGCCGCCACAGUAACCAACUAUGCCAAUCUGUGGAAGAUCUGUGUCACUGAUUUAACUGGAGUCUCCGACUGCAAAGACUUUCCCUCGAUGUUGGCACUGGAGGGCUACAUUCAAGCAUGCAGGGGAUUGAUGAUUGCAGCCGUCUGUCUGGGGUUUUUUGGUUCUAUAUUUGCCCUUGUUGGAAUGAAAUGCACCAAAAUUGGAGGGAGUGACAAAAACAAAGCUAGGAUUGCCUGCUUUGCAGGUGUAAAUUUCAUUCUUAGUGGCCUUUGCUCACUUUCAGCAUGCUCACUAUAUGCACACCGGAUAACAUCAGAGUUUUUUGACCCAAUGUUUAUGUAACAGAAAUAUGAACUGGGAGCUGCUCUUUUUAUCGGCUGGUCAGGUUCUUUCCUCUGUAUCCUCGGAGGCAGCAUGCUCUGCUUCUCCAUCGUGGGUUGUUCUACCAAAAGCCACAGACAGGCAAACUAUAUCUACAACGGUGCGGCCUCACAUUCUCAUAUCUCCUCAUACCCGAGAGGACAGGCAACGUCUGUAAACCCGAGGCCGCCUCCAGACUACAGCAACUCCUCCAGGACACAGCACUUUGAUAAGAAUGUAUAUGUGUGAGGGAUGUGAAUUUAAAGCACUGAAUAUAGCACUGUAUGCAACUUGGUGGUGUGUUAUAG